CCUCCCCGCCGCUCUCUUCGCGCGCGCGGGUUCCUGGAGCCAACCCGCAAACUCCAAGUUUGCCUUUUUCAAAAGUUCAAACUGUCCACCAAUCAAUUGCGCCCCACCCAAAACUCGUUUGUACUUUCCUAUAAAAGACCCUGCUUCACUCCGGUCGGUGUGCUCGGUUAGCUGGAGCUGCCGACCACCCGCCGGUACCUGCGCGACAAUAAACCUCUUGCUGUUUGCAUCCAGUGGCAGUGUUGGAUUCUUGGGUAAGGGGAUCCGCGGGUCUUUCAUUUGGAGGUUCCACCGAGAUCCUCGGACUCUUGCCCACGGAUCCAACUGACUCCCACCGGGAGGUCAAGGAGCGAAUCUGCGAUCAAGGACCUCAAGGCCAUCCAGAUCAAGCACCUUACAUUUUAAUGUGGGAGAGCCUAGUCGAAGAGCCCCCUGCGUGGGUCUCUCCUUUUGUCCCUUCUAGCUCUCCCUCUGCUCUCCCUCUUCCCUUAAACCCUACCUCUCACCCAGUUCCCUCUGCUCCACCGGCGUCGACUCCCCACCCCACACUGACUCCUACCGAUCCCUCGAAACCCCCCACCUCUUCCUACCUAUAUCCUGUAGUCCCUACUGACCCUCCCUCGUUCAACAACGAUUCCUCUUUGCGACGCCCUAGGCAGGUCCUCCCUCCCGAGGAAUCCCCUUUAAUAGACCUCCUAACCGAGGACCCUCCACCUUAUCAUCCUCCUAGGCCGACAUCCGGCCCCAUGGGGGAAUCAGAUCAUACAUCUCCAAUUGCUGGCAGAGUUAGAGGCCGGCAGAGACCAGAACAAGGGGAGACUUCUAAGCUCCUUCCCUUGCGCCAAGGAAGGGAACCAGGGAGCCUCCAAUAUUGGCCCUUCUCUGCAUCUGACUUAUAUAAUUGGAAGUCUCAUAACCCCUCCUUCUCACAGGAUCCUGUGGCCCUAACCGCCUUAAUUGAAUCUAUCUUAGUCACACAUCAGCCUACUUGGGACGAUUGCCAGCAGCUCUUGCAGGCUCUUCUCACUACAGAGGAGAGACAAAAAGUCUUUCUAGAAGCCAGAAAGAAUGUCCCGGGGGAUGACGGAAGGCCCACACAACUUCCUAACGUGAUCAAUGAAGCCUUCCCCCUGACUCGCCCUGACUGGGACUUCAAUACACCUGCAGGUAGGACCCACCUACGUCUUUACCGCCAGUUACUCAUAGCAGGCCUCCAUAAUGCUGGGCGACGCCCCACUAAUUUGGCCCAGGUAAGACAGGUAACUCAAGGAAAGGAGGAAUCCCCAACUGCCUUCCUUGAAAGGCUUAAGGAAGCCUAUCGUAGGUAUACGCCUUUUGACCCAGAUAGUGACGAACAAAGAGGAAAUGUCUCCAUGACAUUCAUCUGGCAGUCGGCUCCAGAUAUUAGGAACAAGUUACAGCGUUUGGAGAACCUCCAAGAUUUCUCCUUGCAGGAUUUAUUAAAGGAGGCAGAAAAGAUUUUUAAUAAAAGAGAAACUCAGGAGGAAAAAGAGGAACGACUUAGGAAGUUGCAGGAGGAAAAAGAGGAAAAACUAAAGAAGGAAGCUGAGGAAAAGGAAGAAAAGCGAGAGCGUAAACGAAACAAGGAACUUAGUAAAAUCUUGGCCGCCGUAGUGCAAGGCAGUCAGGGCUUAGAGAUGGGGAAGUCAGAGAGGGAGGGAGACAUAAGGAGGCUCCGGAUAGAACGGGACCAAUGUGCCUAUUGCAAGGAGAGAGGACAUUGGGCCAAGAACUGCCCGAGGAAGAAGAACGCUAAGCAAGUCACAACACUUAUGGCUUUAGAUGAAGAUUAGGGGCGUCAGGGUCAGGAGCCCCCCCCUGAACCCCGGGUAACCCUAACCGUUGGGGGGCAACCAAUCACCUUCUUAGUAGAUACAGGGGCUCAACACUCCGUUUUGACCAAGAACCCGGGGCCACUCAGCAACCGGAUGGCCUGGGUUCAAGGAGCCACAGGAGGAAAGCAAUAUCGCUGGACUACGAACAGGAAAGUACACCUGGCCUCAGGUAAAGUUUCUCAUUCAUUUCUUCAUGUCCCCGAUUGCCCAUACCCACUUCUGGGUAGAGACCUAUUAACCAAACUCAAAGCCCAGAUCCAUUUUGAACCACAAGGGGCCACUGUAACCGGCCCUAAUGGGACUCCUCUACAUGUCCUCACCCUACAAUUGGAAGAAGAAUAUAGACUGCACGAGAAGCCCUCUCAACCUCAGAGGGACAUAAAGUCCUGGCUCACAUCUUACCCGGAUGCCUGGGCAGAAACAGGAGGAAUGGGAUUAGCUAUCCAUCAGCCCCCCAUUCACAUACAGUUAAAAGCAACCGCCAUUCCUGUCAGUGUUAAACAGUACCCCAUGUCCAACGAGGCCCAUCAGGGCAUCAAGCCACACAUACGGCGGUUAUUAGACCAGGGUAUUUUGACCCCAUGCCGGUCUCCUUGGAACACCCCUCUGUUGCCCGUCAAGAAACCCGGCACCAAUGAUUACCGGCCAGUCCAGGACCUCAGGGAAGUCAAUAAGAGGGUAGAAGACAUCCACCCUACGGUGCCCAACCCUUACAACUUACUUAGCACCCUGCCUCCAACCCAUUCCUGGUACACCGUCUUAGACCUCAAGGAUGCUUUCUUCUGUUUAAGACUGAGUCCGCAGAGCCAGCCUCUCUUUGCCUUUGAAUGGAAGGACCCUGACUCGGGUAUAUCAGGUCAGUUGACCUGGACUCGGUUACCGCAAGGGUUCAAGAACAGCCCAACGCUGUUCGACGAGGCUCUUCACCAGGACUUGGCCGACUUUCGGGUAAGACACCCCUCCCUGAUCCUGCUCCAAUACGUCGAUGACAUCCUGCUGGCAGCCACCAACGAGGAAGACUGCCGAACAGGUACUGGGGAUCUCUUAGUAACCCUAGGCCAAUUGGGGUAUAGGGCAUCUGCCAAGAAGGCCCAGAUUUGCCAGGAUAGGGUCACCUACCUGGGCUAUGAACUAUAUGAUGGACAACGGUGGCUAACGGCUGCAAGGAAGGAAACUAUUUCUAACAUUCCUGCGCCUCAAAACCAUAGGCAAUUGCGGGAGUUCCUAGGAACAGCAGGCUUUUGUAGACUAUGGAUCCCGGGAUUCGCAGAGAUAGCGGCCCCUUUAUAUCCAUUGACUAAACAAGAUACCCCUUUUGUUUGGACUGAACAACGGCAACAGGCGUUUGAUCAUAUCAAACGAGCGCUUCUUAAAUCUCCAGCAUUGGGCCUGCCAGACAUAACGAAGCCCUUUGACCUCUUUGUUGAUGAAAAACAAGGCUUCGCUAAAGGGGUCUUGACCCAAAGACUCGGGCCUUGGAGACGCCCCGUUGCCUAUCUCUCUAAGAAAUUAGACCCCGUAGCGGCUGGCUGGCCACCAUGCCUAAAGAUGAUUGCGGCAAUUGCAGUCCUUAUCAAAGACGCCACCAAACUGACACUGGGACAGCCCCUAACCAUACUAGCUCCACACACAGUGGAGUCUUUAAUCAGACAACCACCGGACCGCUGGCUGUCAAACGCCCGCCUGACCCAUUACCAGUCCCUCCUCCUGGACACGGACAGAAUCCAGUUUGGGCCUGUAGUGACCCUUAACCCUGCAACCUUGCUGCCCACUCCGGGAGAGACGCCACCAUUACAUGACUGUCACCAGAUCCUUGCUGAGACUCAAGGGACACGGCCCGACCUGACUGAUCAGCCUAUCAAGGAUGCAGACCUGACCUGGUACACGGAUGGCAGCAGCUAUCUACAAGAUGGAAAGCGACGGGCAGGGGCGGCCAUCACGACGGACUCUCAGCUUGUAUGGGCCAGCGCGCUACCAGAAGGUACAUCAGCACAACGGGCGGAGCUGAUAGCUUUGACCCAGGCCCUCCAACUGGCAGAAGGUAAGAGCCUUAAUGUCUAUACCGACAGCAGGUAUGCUUUUGCCACUGCCCAUGUCCAUGGAGAGAUCUAUAGAAGAAGGGGACUGCUCACCUCAGAUGGAAAAGAAAUCAAGAAUAAAGCCGAGAUAUUAGCCUUAUUAAAAGCCUUGUUCCUUCCCAAAAAGCUGAGCAUAAUGCACUGUCCUGGCCACCAGAAAGGGGAGACCCCUGAGGCAAGGGGAAACCGCCUGGCUGAUACGAUGGCUAAACAGGCAGCCCUGGGACCCCAAUUGCUAACUGUCACAAUACUUACUGAGACAGAAGACAUAGAUGAUGCCACCACUUGGAAUUAUGAGGAGGCCGAUUUGGACUAUGUACAAAAACUGGGAGCUGACUACAAUCCAGCCCUCAAUCGAUGGGAAUAUAAAGGGAAAGCCGUAAUGCCCAUAAAAAUGGCAAAGGAGCUAAUAACUCACCUACAUCGGCUAACCCAUCUGAGUGCAAGCAAAGUGAAGACCCUCAUGGAAAGGGCCAACUUAGAAAACCAUUUCCCCAAACAAAAUUUUCUUCUUCAUCAAGCAGCUACUAAUUGUAGAGCCUGCGCUCAAGUCAAUCUUGGAAAGACUGUUAUUGGACCAGGUGUUCGGGCACGCGGACGGCGACCUGGCACACACUGGGAAGUUGACUUUACCGAGAUUAAACCCGGCAUGUAUGGAUAUAAGUAUCUCUUAGUAUUUCUAGACACCUUUUCAGGAUGGACGGAAGCUUUUCCUACCAAAAAGGAGACAGCUACCAUGGUUGCUAAGAAACUGUUAGAAGAAAUCUUCCCAAGGUAUGGUAUGCCUGAGGUGCUAGGGUCCGACAACGGGCCUGCCUUUGUCUCCCAGGUAAGUCAGUCGGUGGCCAAGCUGCUGGGGAUUGAUUGGAAACUACAUUGUGCUUAUAGACCCCAGAGUUCAGGGCAGGUAGAGAGGAUGAAUAGAACCAUCAAGGAGGUUUUGACCAAAUUACUGCUCGAAACUGGCUCUAAAGAUUGGGUAUCGCUCCUACCUCUAGCGCUCUAUCGGGCUAGGAACACCCCAGGGCCUCAUGGCCUAACUCCCUUUGAGAUUCUUUAUGGUGCUCCACCCCCCGCUGUCACAUUCUUUGCCCCCGAUAUCUCCGCUCAUGCCCCCUCCCCCUCUAUACAGGCCCACCUGCAAGCUCUGCAGUUGGUGCAGCAGGAAGUCUGGAAACCCCUGGCAGCCGCCUACGGAGAGAAACUCGACAUCCCGCUAAAGCCACAUCCCUAUAAAAUAGGAGACUCCGUCUGGGUUCGCAGACAUCGAGCCACAAACCUUGAGCCCCGCUGGAAAGGACCCCACACCGUGCUCCUGACGACACCCACAGCACUAAAGGUCGACGGAAUUGCAGCCUGGAUUCACGCCUCCCAUGUAAAAGCAGCACAUACAGAAGAACAAACCGAACCCCUUCAAGAUCUGGGAUGGACCGUCCAACGCUCUCCAAAUCCACUAAAGAUAAGACUCAUGCGUCGCUAAUCUUUCUCCUUGCUUACUCCUUCCUCCCCUUCGGGGACCAUAGUCCACAUGUCCCCAAACAAUUGACAUGGCAAAUUUGGUCACAGACGGGAGAAGUUGUCUGGUCCGUAACGGGCCUAUACGCACCU